AUGUCAUUCUUAAAGGAUUUAAUAGAAUCAGCUUUCCCAGUUGCUUACGCUGAAGAAGUAUGUACAGCCAUUUUUGACGAUUUCGGAGCACAUUGAGCUUGCGAGAUGAAGACAUAAGUCGAUCUAAAGUAUGAUCGACCAUUGUGUUUCUGCAAGAGAAAUUCUAACCAUAUUAUAGCCAGCUGAAGAAGAACCUGUUGAAGAAGAAGAAUCCACUCAAGAAUCCGAAGGUGAAGACAAGGAAUCUGGUGAUGAUGCCGAAGAAGGUGAUGACAAGGAAUCGGGUGAUGCUGAAGAAGGUGACGACGAUGAAGAUGAAGAUGAAGACGAGGAGGAUGAAGAUGAAGAAGAAACUGUUGAUCCAUUAGACACUUUACGUGAAGAAUGUACUAACACCGACACUUGUAAGCCACACCUUCACCAUUUUGAAGAAUGUAUCGAAAGAGUCACCAAGGAACAAGAGGAAGAAGACUACGAUCAUAAGCCAUACAAAGAAGACUGUGUUGAAGAAUUCUUCCACUUACAGCACUGUGUCAACGAUUGUGUUGCCCCAAGAUUGUUCAACAAAUUGAAAUAA